UUCUCAUUUUAGAAGUACAUUUUUAGCUCUUCUGAGAGUAUUUGAUUUUUGUAGGCGUCGAGGAAAAAAAAACUCCAAAUUUCGACCCUCAGACAUCACAAAGURUGGUAGUAGGUGUUGUUGUUUCAUGCCCGCACGCAACCCUUCGCAAGCGGCUCCGCCAGGCAGGACCGWGUCCUCGUUCUUUCAGCCGAGAUCCUCGGUGUUGGACGAGAAAUGGAACGUGGAAGCACCGCCGGUGCGCGUGCCGGAGGAACUGCCACCGACGGAGGCAUCGACCGCGAGAAUSCGAGGACGUCGUUGUCGCCGGUACGUUCCCCUCACUCCGAACCACUCGUCGUGGGUGGUUCACGUUYCGGGMUUUUGUCCCCCACCGUCGAAGCGGGUCUUCCGAGAGUUUUGGGRAAAACAUCCUCCCGAGAAGCAUUCCCUGGUCCUGUUCGGAAAACCCGUACUCGAAAAUCGCUACAGCCAGAUGUAUUCGGUGGCGAAAGCAAAGGCACCGGCGAAACCCACCGGCAGGAAACCAGUAGAUAGUGGCGGUUCUCAUCAGCACGAGUACUACACGUAUUCGGGAACCACCCGUCACUGUCUUCCGUGCGAUCCAUCCAAGCGGGACGAAAAAUUCGUCGUCGAUUUGUGCUCGUCGGCUGACCAGAUCGUGACGGCGUUGUUGGGAAACCAAAACAACGAGGGUCGCACACAAGCGCACCAAACGCUGCAAAACACCGGGGAGGGUCGGGUUGGAAAGUUAGGCGUUGCUCGUACUGAAGACGAACAGCAGCAGCAGCAACAGCAACACGGAAGAACAAUUUACAACUGCUGCCUGGUCAAUUGGUACACUCCCGACCAUACCAUUGGAUUGCAUUCGGACAACGAAUCCGAAAUGGACACCUCGUGGCCCAUUGUAUCGGUAUCAUGGGGCGGACCACGGAGGUUUUUGCUUCGCCCCAAACCACCAAAUAGCAGCAGCAGCAGUACUAACCACAAAAACAAACCACCACCGCCAAAGAUCGCCGUACACGAAUUUUGGCUGGGGGACGGGGAUCUCUUGGUCAUGGGGGGGAGGUGCCAAGAAGAAUUCAGGCACGAGGUUCCAAGGGUCCGAACYACCAAGGAUGGGGUGGUUGGGAAUCGGAUCAGCUGGACGCUGCGGAAAAUGAGACGCAAGAAGGAACGGUCUGCGAGCCACAGCAGUCGCACGAGCAGAGACCCAAACCAAUAUUCUAGCGCAGAAGGGAGUGGCGAGCGGAAGCGCAAUCCAGAGUUCCCACGCACGAAUACUACCGACGGAAAGAAACGAGCAAUCUACAAUCCAUAUACGCACAAUACGCGAAGGUAACUACGAAGAACCACCAUACGGAAUAGAAGUAGUGCGUGUCAACAAAUUGAGUAAGACAGA